AUGGAUGGGGAAGAGCUAAUCGCCUCGGUCUUGCACAAGAUCGAGCGAGAGAAGGCCCUCAUCACCGCUGCCAGUAAUAUGCGGCAGUCCACCGACAACCCCCUCGUGCAACAGAGAGUCGAUGCCAAUAUUCGCGAAGGCCGCAAAAAUAUCGCUUAUCUGGAGGAGAAAAUGCGGGAAUUAGAGAUCCGCCAACGAAACCAAGGCGCUGGCUCCCCCGGCCAGCGUGGAGGCCCCCUCCUCCACCCAAAGACUACGCUGGAUAUGGCGGCGAACAAGGCGACUACGGCGAACCGCACUAUCCUCAGGGAGGCUCAGGCUCGAUGCCUUCCGGUGCCCCAUUCCCCGACCCUCGACCUUACGCCCCGAUCCCGAAGGCUCGGCCCAAUUACACAAAGCUAG